UUUAAUAGUCACACAAAAAGAGUCGAUUCAGUUGUAUUUGUCUUUCUGUACUCUCUGCAUCGAUUACUUUUUCAAAUGAAAACACUUUUCACUGUGUGAAGGAAAACUUUUUUGGCGCAAUCGCAGUGAAAAUCUUUUUAUAUUUGUGGUUUGAGUAAAAGAAAAUUUCCCGGUUGCAUCUUGUCAGUUUUCAUUGGGUUUUCCGUGAGAUCAGUUUGAAAGAGAGAAAAGAUGACACCACCAAUUGGUAAAAAAGCUCCAGAUUUUUCCGGAACGGCUGUUAUCGAUGGAAAAUUCAAGGAUAUUUCCUUGGAGGAUUAUCAAGGAAAGUACCUUGUACUUUUCUUCUAUCCUCUCGAUUUUACUUUUGUGUGUCCAACGGAAAUUGUGGCAUUUUCCGAUCGAAUUGAAGAAUUCCGAAGUAUCAAUUGUGAAGUCAUUGGAGUUUCAACUGAUUCACACUUUUCCCACUUUGCUUGGUGUCAACUACCACGAAAAUCCGGUGGACUUGGUCCUGACCUAGCUUUACCACUUUUGGCAGAUAAAUCCAUGCGAAUUGCUCGAGCCUACGGUGUACUCAAUGAAGAAACCGGUGUGCCCUUUAGAGGUCUCUUCAUAAUGGACGGCGAACAGCGUUUACGUCAAGUGACCGUGAAUGACCUACCAGUCGGACGAUCAGUCGAUGAGACACUGCGCCUAGUUCAGGCCUUUCAGUACACAGAUAUCCACGGAGAAGUAUGUCCGGCCAACUGGAAACCCGGUAGUAAGACCAUGCAGGCUGACACAAAUCGCUCAAAGGACUACUUCGAAGCUGUCAACUGAGCAUUUGACAUUUCAUUUCUGUCCGUUUUUUUGUGGUUAAAUAGAGGAAUUUCUCAAAAUUGAUCAAAAUGGUUCCUCAAUGGCAUCAAAAAGCACGUUUGUAGCAUUUUUUUUUUGUGAAAUAUACUUAUCACAGAAUUCACAGAAACAAAAAAAAAAGCAUAAUUUGCAGG